UGAACGACGCCUUCGGGACGGCACACAGGGCUCACUCGUCGAUGGUUGGCAUCCAAUUGCCUCAACGCGCGGCCGGUUUUCUCAUGAAUAAGGAGCUGAAGUACUUCGCGAAAGUGAUGGACACACCAGAGCGCCCGGUGCUGGCGAUUCUGGGCGGCGCCAAAGUGAAGGACAAGAUCCAACUGAUCAGCAAUUUGUUGAACAAAGUGAACGAAAUGGUGAUCGUCGGGGGAAUGGCCUUCACUUUCCUUAAGAAACUCAAUAACAUGGAGAUCGGGAGCUCUUUAUACGACUCGGAGGGCGCCGACAUCGUCGAGGAGUUGAUGGCUAAGGCGGCCGCGAAUGGCGUCAAAAUGCAUUUACCCGUGGAUUUCGUGACGGGAGACAAAUUCAAUGAGAACGCGACGGUCGGUGCGGCCACUGUUGAGUCGGGUAUACCGGCCGGACAUCUGGGGCUCGAUUGCGGUCCAAAAUCUGUGGAAAUUUUUAAGGAACCCAUUGCCAGGGCUAAGACUAUUAUCUGGAACGGACCUGUCGGUGUCUUCGAGUGGGAGAACUUCUCGAAGGGCACGAAGACAGUGAUGGAUGCGGUGGUGGCGGCCACUGAUAAGGGCGUUACAACUAUUAUUGGCGGC